GCUGAGUUAUUAGCUGGUAGACCGAUUAUGCCAGGUCGUAACGAGGUUGAGCAGUUGCAUAGGAUAUAUAAGUUAUGUGGAUCGCCUUCGGAAGAGUACUGGAAGAAGAUUAGGCUCCCUUCUACUCAUAAGCAUGCUCAUCACAAGCCUUUACCACAAUAUAAGAGAAAAUUAAGAGAGGUUUACAAAGAUUUCUCUCCUGAGGCGCUUUCUCUACUUGAUAAGCUUCUAUCGCUCGAUCCAGCUGAGCGCCAGACAGCUCCAGAAGCGUUGAUGAGUGAUUUCUUCACGACGGAGCCAUUGGCAUGUCAACCUUCUGAUCUCCCGAAAUAUCCUCCAACUAAAGAGAUUGAUGCCAAGAGACGAGAUGAAGAGUAUCGGAGACAAAGAGAAGCCCGUAAGGCUCAAGGAGAGAGCGGAAGAAGAAUGAGACCCCGAGAACGAGCCCCAAGAGCAAUGCCAGCUCCUGAAGCCAACGCUGAGAAUCAAUCUAACAUUGAUAGGAUGCGUUUGAUAACGCACGCGAAUGCAAAGAGCAAAAGCGAGAAGUUUCCUCCACCACAUCAAGACGGGUCGCUUGGUUUUCAGGUGGGAUCUUCACGGCGGCUGGAUCCAUCAGAGAUACCGUAUAGCACAAACUCAUUCACUUCAUCUUACUCCAAAGAACCAUUCCAGUCUUGGUCAGGCCCUUUGGCUCCCAUUGGAGGAGCAUCUGACUCAACGACACGGAGGAGAAACGAUAUCAACAAGGAGAGAAGAGUGGCUUCUAAGGUUAAAGGCAAAAGAAUCGUUGUUUGAGAGAUUUUUAUUCGUCAGAAAAUUUCAAAAGUUUCCUUUUUUUUUUUUUUUGAUAGAGAGAUACUUCCCAAUUUUUCCUUUUUUGG